AUGAAACCGAGUACAUACAUAAGUAAACAUCAAGUAGUUUUAGUUAAAGUAUUAAAAACAAUUAUUAUAAAUUUACGACGCAUUGUAUGUUGUGUUGUAUAUGUAAAUUUAUGUAUAUAUUCAUACGUAGAGCAUGGUGGUCACCACGGUCAUUCGCACGGCGGUGGUCUUACUAGAAAUCACAGCAGGCUUACAGAACUAGCAAAUAUAGAUGAUGGCGAAGGUGAGCCCAAUGACUUCGCAUAUGAAAAAGAGAAAAAACCGAUGAAGAAAUUAAAUCAUGGUCACAGUCACGAUCCAGGCCAAAUGAAUAUGCGUGGUGCAUUUUUACACGUACUAAGUGAUGCCUUGGGUAGUAUCAUAGUUGUGAUUAGCGCCUUGGUUGUGUGGCUAACAGACUGGAAAUAUCGAUACUAUAUGGAUCCUGCUCUUUCUAUCGUUUUGGUUUGCCUAAUUCUACAUUCAGUUUGGCCACUCCUGCGGGAAUCAGCAUUGAUAUUGCUACAAACUGUGCCAACGCAUAUUCAAGUUGACGCGAUCCAAAAGCGUCUGCUGGAAAAAGUUGAUGGUGUUCUGGCUGUUCACGAAUUUCACGUUUGGCAAUUAGCUGGGGACCGUAUAAUCGCUUCGGCUCACAUAAGAUGUCGCAACCUUUCGGAAUAUAUGAAAAUUGCAGAGAAGGUUAAGGAAUUUUUUCACAAUGAAGGCAUACACUCGACCACAAUUCAGCCCGAGUUUGUCGAAAUAGAAGGCUGCAACAUGUCUGAUGGCACAUCGAGUCUAAAUAUGAGUGGCUCCGAUUGCGCAUUAGAUUGUCCCAGUACAGCAGAGGGAUGCGUCAAAGCGACUUGCUGCCAAAAUAAUAACAAAUUGAGAUUCUUUUAGAGCUGUGCUAUAGAAGCCAUUAAUAUGGAUUUUAAUUUUGGUGUGAGGCUAGCGUUUUAAGCCACCUUACGGAAUACUAAACCAAAAGCAAUUAAAAAGAUGUCAAAUAGAACACUUUGCAUUGAUGGCGAUAACACACAUACAGCAGUGUUCACCAAAAUAGCAUGUUUUGACAAUUGCAUUUUCUUUUAUUUCAUUUUAAUCAUUUUUAUACACAUAGAGUCAAU